GUUUUUUAUUAUAUUAAAUAGAUGAAAUAAAUAGUGCUUUUUGCAUUGUUGGCAUGUGUUGUUCUCACACAUAAUGAUAUUAAGCAUGUGCAAGAAUUACUUUUUGAACUGAAGGAGGAAAUUCAUGAACAAAUCGUAGCUUUAGAUGCUGAAUGGGUGUUGUAAUAGAAAAUGAAAUAAGCAAGCAUUUAGGCAUUAAGAUAAACAAAGACUGAUCAAGAGGCUGAUUGUGAUAGAAGAGAUGAGAAUGUAAUCAAUAAAAAAACAGAAAUCUAAGAAAUGUCUGAUUUAAUUGCAUGGAUUGAACACAGAAUUCACGUCAAUAACAAUAGAAUUCAAACUAUUGAAGAUCUAUAAUGUAGACAAUCUUUGAACUUUGUUGACACUAUCAGAGAUGACAAAAUUUCAUUAACAGUCUCAGUAUUUGUUAAGGAAUAACUUGAAAAAAUUGUAUCUGAAGGCACCUCAUUUGCAUAAAAAUCAUAAGCUAUGAAAAAUAUCCUCUCAUUCCUUUAAGACAUAAAGGAGUAGAAAUAUGAAUUUUUGGAAUUGACAAGAACAAUGGAAAUUGAAAGAGAGGAAAAUCCUAAUAUGAUUGAAACACAUAUGGGUCCAAUUGAAAUGAAGAAGUUCUAAGAAGUUAGAAACGAAAUCUUAGCAGUUUUGGAUGAAUUAGAGGCUCAUAUCAAUUCUCAUAUUCCAGUUGCACAAGCUGAUAUGAUCAGAGUUGGAUUAGCUUAUCUUGAAUGGAAGUAAAGAAUCCUCAAAGAAAAUGAAUUCUUUGAAUAAAAGAUUGUUGAAUUAGGAAAACAAUUAGAAAACUUACGUGACUAAUUGCUCGCUUUAGAAUACAGUGCUCAACAAUGCAGAGAAAGAGUAAAAGACAUUGAAAGAGCUGUUGAAGUAGCAAAAAAUGAUGGUGUACUAGCUUAUAAUGAUUAUGUUGAUGAACAUCAAAGAUUACUUAAACAAUUAGCUAUCUUCGCAUAAUUAUAUGAAUUAUAUGAUAAAGAAAUUGACAACAAAACAACCGAUGAAGAAAAAGAAGCAUUGACACAAGAAAGAAAUGAUCACAUAAUAGUUGGUGGAGAUAAGAAUUCAUUACCUCCUUAAUAUAGAGACGAACCAGAGGAACCCCAUAUUUUAGGUGCAGACGAGAGUUCCCUACCUCCUUAAUACAGAGAUGAGCCAGAAGAACCUCUUAUUGUGGGUGGUGACUCAAGCUCAUUACCUCCUGAACAUAGAGAAGAAUCAGAAGAGGAUAUACACAUUGUUGGAGGAGACUCAAGCUCAUUGCCUCCUGAAUACUAAGAACCUGUAGAAGUUCCUCAAUUAGAAGAAACAGAAGAUUAAGAAUAAUUAUUGAUCAAAAAAGGUCCUUUAAAACUCAGAGAAAUUGAAACAGCACCAUCAUACAAGAGAUCCGAUUUCAUUUUACUCUAAAUGAAAUAAAGAAAGACAGAAUAGGAUGAAGUAAUUUUAUGAUGAUUUCCAAUACCAAUCAUUAUAUAAAUUAAUUUGAAUAAUUUAUCAUAGAAUUUAGUUCUUAGUUUGGCUAUAAAUAUUUAUCAUGAAA